CAGCAUCAUCAUCAACAACAGCAGCAGCAGCAGCAGCAUCUGGAGCUGGAGCUCCAUGUGUCACUUUGCAUUCUGACCACUAACUCGCCGGCCGCGUUUCCGUUCCGCUCCGGGCGUUCAAUUGUCGUCUAUUUGAUUAGUCGUACAUAUUCGUAAGCGCAACAAUAUAAAGCGACUAUCAAUUCAAUUCAAUUUAAACCGUCAAUCGUUCAUCGCCAGUCGUCGAUAUUAAUUACAAUUUUAAUAUUAUUUCCAUUUUUUUUUUGUCUCCCAUAAUAAACGCAAUUGUGUGUGCAAUUUUUUGUGUUUGUGUGUCGUUAAUAAAUGUUGAUUUCUUGGUGGCCUGAUCAGCCAAAGGCAACAACAACAACAACAACUGCAACUACAUACAGUGCCUGCAAACAGAUCAGCAGUCACAAAUAUUUCAAGUAAAGUAUCAAAUUUGCCAUAAUUAAAUAAUUUGCAACGCAUCAAACGCGGCAACAGCAUCAAUCAACUUCAGCAAAUUCCUGUCUUAAGCUGUUAAGGCAGCGAGUGAAUUUCGUUAAUCCAACCAACGUUUGGGCAAAUCAGACAAAAUUGUUCGCCUAAAAAAAGUGCAAGCUCACGCUCAAGGACAUCUGGAGCAGUUUGAGCAGGAGCCGCCGCACUAUACGCACCAACACUUGCACCACUCGCAACAUCACUCGCAGCAGCAACAGCACCACUCGCAGCAGCAACAACAACAGCAGCAACACCACCAGCACCCCUACAACAGCCACUACAGCACACAGCAGCAUCACAGCAACAUCCACUACAACAACAAUACCAACAACACCAACAACAGCAACCACGGCCACAAAAUGCAUUUGACAACCACGAGCGGCAAUUCGACGGCAUCGAAUGCCAAUAGCAACAACAACAACAACAGCAACAACAAUAACAACAACACAGCUAACAACAAUAACUCCAGCAGCAGCAACAACAACAACACAAGCAACACAAAUGGCUCCAACAACAACAACAGCUCAAGCAGCAACAACAAUACCGAACAGAAUACGCCCCCAACACCCGCCCAGCUACUAAAUGAGGCAUACACCAAAAUGACCUCGGACAUAUUGGCUGAACGCACCUUGGGCGAUUUCCUCACCGAGCAUCCCGGCGAGCUAAUAAGAACAAGCAGCCCGCUUUUUGUCUGCACCGUCCUGCCACCGCACUGGCGCUCUAAUAAGACGCUGCCGGUGGCCUUCAAGGUCGUCUCUCUGGGCGACAUCAUGGACGGUACCAUGGUCACGGUUCGCGCUGGCAACGAUGAGAACUACUGCGCCGAGCUGCGCAACUGCACAGCCGUCAUGAAAAACCAGGUGGCCAAGUUCAACGAUCUGCGAUUUGUCGGACGCAGUGGCAGGGGAAAGAGCUUCACAUUAACCAUCACAGUGUCAACGAAUCCACCACAUAUAGCAACAUAUAACAAGGCGAUCAAAGUAACCGUCGAUGGGCCACGCGAGCCGCGCUCCAAAACCAGGCAACAACAACAAUUUCACUUCGCAUUUGGCCAGCGACCGUUCCACUUCUCCACGGAUCCCCUAUCCGGCUUCCGGAUGCCGCCAAUUGGCAACUGUCAGAGUGCCAGCAACACGCAUUGGGGCUACGGAUCAGCGGCAUCUGCAUACUCGCCGUACUUAGCUAGCAGCGGACUAUCCUCCUGCACUACGCCCACCUCAGCGCAGUUUAACAAUCCAGCAUUGGGCUUCACCUGUUCCUCCAAUGACCAAAGCAACAAUCAGGACUUUGGGGGCGCCACCAAUCGCGACUGUGUGCCAAUGCUGCCAGAUUCAACAGCCAGCGAUUUGGAUCAGCAUCUCAGCAGUCUAGUCGGAUCCUCCAGUGGGCAGAUGUCACAUCAUAGCUUGUUGGGCGCCAGUGGACAGACAUCUAUUACAUCGACGGUGAAUGGGGCAGGCGCCGGCAGCGGGGCAACCGCAGGAAGUGCAACAGGCGCUGGCGGCGGUGGUGGUGCCAACUCGAUUCUGGUGCCACGAUAUCAUACCAACGCUAGCAAUGAGUACAACGUGCAUUCCAGCCAGAACGGACCGCGCAGCCUGAGCGACAGCUCGCAGGCCGAAUCGCCGGUGCAGGAGGAUCUGCUGUCCACCAACACACCCAACCUGGGCAGCGGCAGUGGCGCCGGUGCCAGCAAUGGCGGUGCCGCCAACGGUGCUGCUAGUGCUGCUGGCGCUGGCAGCGGCGCCUCAGCGGGUGCAUCGGCUGGCGCUGGUAAUCCCGCCAUGCUGGGUGCCAAUCAAAACUUUCCGGGCAUUGUUAACCAGGCACAGCAUGCCUCUGCCUCUGCGUAUGGGGGCGGCGUAGGUGUUGGCGUGGGCGGCGGGCAUGGCGGCGGUGCUGGGGCCACGGCCGCCGGCUGCAAUGGAUCGCUUUACCCGGUGCUCCCAGCCAGCCUGCUGUACUCGCAGCUAUAUACCGCCGCCAAUCAGUCGGCGCACGGCUUUCAUUCGCACACGCUGCCGGCGCAUGCGUCGCCCAACUCCUCCGUGCAUGGGGAGCUGCAGAGCGUAAUGGAUCACAUCAGCAAUGUCGGCGUACGGCAACAGCAUAACAUUAUGACCGGCGGGGGCGUGGCGCAUCCAGGCGAUCUGACACUGAUUGGCAACUGCGGCGCGUCGGUGAGGAACAUCGAGGAUGGGAACACAAAUCGUCAGGUGGCCGCGCUCGCUGCCCAUCGCGGCCACCACAACCCAACUGAUAAUGGGGGCAGCGUCUGGAGGCCAUAUUGAGGUCAGGUUCUGUGGUGCGGCUCCGCAGUUCUUUAGUGCCACGAGCACGUUGAGGGGCGAGCGGCGGAGAAGCAGCACGAGCAUCUGCAAGGCAGUGG